AUGUUCUCCCGGGCAAACUCAACCAAGCAAAGCUUUUCCAAGGGCUCAAAGUAUGGCAAAUCAAGCUCUUCAUUCACCCGCGAGGCCGGUGUCUCGAAACGUCGCCAUGAGCCGCGUCGCCGACCAAACACUGCCACGACUGCAUCAACUGCUGACUCGUCUCCAACAGUUGGAUCAAGUGCUGUCAGCCCCAUCGUCACACUCGUAAUCGGCCACGAGCAACGCAUCUUCGCGGCGCACGAGGAUGUCCUCUGCAACUCGCCAUACUUCGCCAACGUCCUGAAAGGCCAGUAUAUCGAGGCCUCAACCAAGCGCAUCGCUCUUCCUGACGAGUCACCCGAGAUCUUCUCCUCGGUCCUCGAGUACAUGUACAAAGGCGACUACUACCCUCGCCUCGUGCACAACAAGCGGCGAAACUCCUGGGAGAUUGAGCAGAGAUCCGACGGCGGCGGUCGCAGCUCCAUCGAGUCGACCAUCUACCAUCAGGACACCAGCGGGCCAUUGCUGAAAGACACGGUCAUCUACUGCGUCGCGGACAAGUACGGCCUGGAGGAGCUGAAGCGCGUCGCCCUGCGGAAGCAGGGGCUGCAGACCGGCAUCCAGUGCAGCACCAUCCUGUCGUCGGCACGCUACGCCUACGCCAAUACGCCAGACUCUGACUCCAAGCUGCGGGCUCACUACCUUGCCCUCAUCAUCCGCAGCCGCUCCACCUUCAAGCGGAGCGGGACCAUGCAGCUCGAGAUGUACAACGGCGGGAGCCAGCUCUUCUUUGACCUGUUCGUGGCGCUGUGCAACCACGUCGACGAUGUUUCCUCCAGCGCGCAGACCACGCCUCGAAGCAACCGCUUCAUCUAG